AUGGUGUCCACGGAGCACUCAGGAGCACUGAAUAAAAUCAGCCAUGCCAAGAAUUUGACAAAGGAGGAAGCAGAAGGCAAACAUGUCAGUCUGAACCAGUUUCCUUUCAUGGUCUUAUUCAGAAAAAACUUCUGUUGUACCACAGGAGAUGUCCACAUUACCUCCAGCACACCAAAUCCUACAUCAGCAAUGAACAGCACAGCCUCUGCCUCUGCAUCCACCCAGACCACCACUGGGUCCAGCACAGACUCUGCAUUCACCCUGACCACCACUGGGUCCAGCACAGGCUCUGCAUUCACCCCGACCACCACUGGGACCAGCACAGUCUCUGACCCUGCAUCUACUCCAACCACCAAUGGGCCCAGAACAGCCUCUGAAUUCACCCUGACCACCAUUGGGUCCAGCACAGACUCUACAUCCACACUGACCACCACUGGGUCCAGCACAGUCUCUGACUCUGCAUCCACCCUGACUACUAUUGGGCCCAGCACAGCCCCUGCAUCCACCCUGACUACCACUGGGUCCAGCACAGUCUCUAACCCUGCAUCCACCCUGACCACCACUGGGUCCAGCACAGUCUCUAACCCUGCAUCCACCCUGACCACCACUGGGUCCAGCACAGUCUCUGACCCUACAUCCACCCUGACUAUCAUUGGGACCAGCACAGACUCUGCAUUCACCCUGACCACCAUUGGGCCCAGCACAGCCCCUGCAUCCACCCCGACCACCACUGGGACCAGCACAGACUCUACAUCUACCCUGACCACCACUGGGACCAGCACAGACUCUACAUCUACCCCGACCACCACUGGGUCCAGCACAGACUCUACAUCUACCCCGACCACCACUGGGACCAGCACAGACUCUACAUCUACCCCGACCACCACUGGGACCAGCACGGACUCUACAUCUACCCCGACCACCACUGGGACCAGCACAGAUUCUACAUCUACCCCGACCACCACUGGGACCAGCACAGACUCUACAUCUACCCCGACCACCACUGGGUCCAGCACAGACUCUACAUCUACCCCGACCACCACUGGGUCCAGCACAGACUCUACAUCUACCCCGACCACCACUGGGACCAGCACAGACUCUACAUCUACCCCGACCACCACUGGGACCAGCACAGACUCUACAUCUACCCCGACCACCACUGGGACCAGCACAGACUCUACAUCUACCCCGACCACCACUGGGACCAGCACAGGCUCUACAUCUACCCCGACCACCACUGGGACCAGCACAGAUUCUACAUCUACCCCGACCACCACUGGGACCAGCACAGACUCUACAUCUACCCCGACCACCACUGGGACCAGCACAGACUCUACAUCUACCCCGACCACCACUGGGACCAGCACAGACUCUACAUCUACCCCGACCACCACUGGGUCCAGCACAGACUCUACAUCUACCCCGACCACCACUGGGACCAGCACAGACUCUACAUCUACCCCGACCACCACUGGGACCAGCACAGAUUCUACAUCUACCCCGACCACCACUGGGCCCAGCACAGCCUCUGCAUCCACCCCGACCACCACUGGGUCCAGCACAGCCCCUGCAUCCACCCUGUCCACCACUGGGUCCAGCACAGCCCCUGCAUCCACCCUGACCACCACUGGGCCCAGCACAGACUCUACAUCCACCCCGACCACCACUGGGCCCAGCACAGCCUCUGCAUCCACCCUGUCCACCACUGGGCCCAGCACAGCCUCUGCAUCCACCCUGUCCACCACUGGGUCCAGCACAGACUCUACAUCUACCCCGACCACCACUGGGCCCAGCACAGCCUCUGCAUCCACCCUGACCACCAUCAUUGGGUCCAGCACAGCCCCUGCAUCCACCCUGACCACCACUGGGCCCAGCACAGCCCCUGCAUCCAUCCUGACCACCACUGGGUCCAGCACAGCCUCUGCAUCCACCCCGACCACCACUGGGCCCAGCACAGCCUCUGCAUCCACCCCGACCACCACUGGGUCCAGCAUAGCCCCUGCAUCCACCCUGUCCACCACUGGGUCCAGCACAGCCCCUGCAUCCACCCUGACCACCACUGGGCCCAGCACAGACUCUGCCUCUGCAUCCACCCCAACCACCACUGGGUCCAGCACAGCCCCUGUAUCCACCCCGACCACCACUGGGUCCAGCACAGCCCCUGCAUCCACCCCGACCACCACUGGGUCCAGCACAGACUCUACAUCCACCCCGACCACCACUGGGCCCAGCACAGCCCCUGCAUCUACCCCGACCACCACUGGGUCCAGCACAGCCCCUGCAUCCACCCUGACCACCACUGGGCCCAGCACAGACUCUACAUCCACCCCGACCACCACUGGGCCCAGCACAGCCUCUGCAUCCACCCUGUCCACCACUGGGCCCAGCACAGCCUCUGCAUCCACCCCGACCACCACUGGGCCCAGCACAGCCUCUGCAUCCACCCUGACCACCAUCAUUGGGUCCAGCACAGCCCCUGCAUCCACCCUGACCACCACUGGGUCCAGCACAGCCCCUGCAUCCACCCUGACCACCACUGGGUCCAGCACAGCCCCUGCAUCCACCCCGACCACCACUGGGCCCAGCACAGCCCCUGCAUCCACCCCGACCACCACUGGGCCCAGCACAGCCUCUGCAUCCACCCCGACCACCACUGGGCCCAGCACAGCCCCUGCAUCCACCCCGACCACCACUGGGUCCAGCACAGCCUCUGCAUCCACCCCGACCACCACUGGGCCCAGCACAGCCUCUGCCUCUGCAUCCACCCCGACCACCACUGGGCCCAGCACAGCUUCUGCAUCCACCCCGACCACCACUGGGCCCAGCACAGCCUCUGCAUCCACCCUGACCACCAGUGGGUCCAGCACAGCCCCUGCAUCCACCCCAGCCCCGACUGGGACCAGCACAGCCUCCAGCUCUGGCUCGAGCAGCACCUACAGCACCUCUAACCCCACAGUUUCCACUGGAGCACACACCACCUCCAACCACACUGAGGAGGUGGAGUCCAGUGGGUCCCUGAAGCCCUGGGAAAUCGUCCUCAUCACCCUGGCCUCUGUUGUCAUGGCCAUGGGACUCUCUGCUGGGCUCUUUAUCUUCGUGAGAAGAUACCUGUCUCGGAGAAAUGCUGCUGAUGGAGCAGUCUACAACCCCCACAAUUCCCACUCUGGUCCUGGAGGAUCCGAUAUGACUCCAGGGAGCCCUACCUGCUCCUGGAGGAGACUAGGAACCUCUGAGGUCAUAGAGAUGAAUGGGUUAUAA